AUGUCUAAAAUAAGUAUCCCGCCGAAGGGCGAGCGUCGUGGGGGAAUUCCGGCCGAAAAGUCCUGCAACCCAAAAGUCUUCUUUGAGAUAUCCAUCGACAACAAACCGUCCGGACGGAUAACCAUGGAGCUGUACGCGGACACGGUGCCCAAGACCGCCGAGAAUUUUCGGGCCCUUUGCACGGGCGAAAAGGGCCGAGGCAAGAGUGGGAAGCCACUCCACUACAAGGGCUGUGUGUUCCACCGUAUCAUACCGGGAUUCAUGAUUCAAGGUGGUGACAUUACACGGGGGAAUGGCACAGGCGGGGAGUCUAUUUACGGCACCAAAUUUCGUGAUGAGAGCUUUUCUGGCAAGGCCGGCAAACAUACGGGGAUGGGCUGCCUCUCAAUGGCGAAUGCCGGGCCCAACACCAACGGAUCGCAAUUUUUUAUCUGCACUGCCAACACACCGUGGUUGAACGGCAAACACGUUGUUUUUGGCCGCGUCACUGAGGGUCUCGAUGUCGUGAAGAAAGUCGAACGGCUGGGCUCCGAGUCUGGAAAGACACGUGGCCGGAUAAUCAUUGCCAACUGCGGUGAGGUUGCGGCGCCGGAGGCGAAGGAGAAGCCAACCAAAGAGCGGGACGAGGCGAAGAAGGGUGCAACCGCCCCAAAGGUUGAGGCCGCCGCGAAGAAGCGCCCACGCGACAGUGAGGAAAAUUCCGAGGAGGUAAAGAAGCGCAUUCAGGAAAAGAAGGCAAAAAUUGCUCGACUUCGUGAGCAGCUGGAGAAGUAA